AUGGAGGCACCUUGCAAAUUUCCCCUGACGGGGGCUCACAGCGAUGUCGCUGACGAGUCCCGCACCGUCGAAGUGUAUCAUCUCGGUGUAGUACAGGAGCAGGGCGGUGCGCUUCUCCUUGGGCUGGCGGUGCCCCCUGAAGAGUUGGAUCUUGGUGUCCGUGUUCCAGAAGAGCAUAAUGUCAAGAUUGAGCACAUGCGCGAGUGCGUCAAUGUCCUCGAUCUCCAGCUUGGUGAUGAAGACGUCCCUUUCCCAGAACGGCAGCGCAUUCGGAUUGUUCGGGUCGACACCGAUGAAGCUGAUCGCGCAAAUGCGGCGCAGGUCGGCCACAGUGAAGUACUCGCCGCUGAAGUCGAGGUCCUCCAGCGAAAUGGAUAUGCCCGCCGGCAAGGUCUUGACAGUGAUGCCUACCCUCUGGAUGGUGAGUUCGUGGUCUCUGAGGAUGCCAGCAAUGGCGUUGUAAAGACAGUUUCCGUCAGCUCCGUAGUUCUUUCUGCAGAGCGCCAUGCGGUUGUGGCGCAGGAACUCGUCCCAUACCGAGGUCGUGCGAUUCCACGAGGCGUACCGGUCACAUGGGUGGACAGCGUACUGUGGCCAGUUGCCUGCGCGCUCAUGCGCGUUUAUUGGCGCGUUAGACCUGAGGCUACCAGUGGCCUUUUUGCCGGCAGCCCUUCUUUCCGGCAACUGCACAAGUUGGCCGAAGCCAGACACAUUCUGCGCGACGCGCCUCGGCUGAGUCACCCUAAGAGACAGAUCGCCAGCGGCGAGGCGCAACUGCGCCGCAACAGCACACAGCAACACAAAACCCAGACGCAUCAUAGCUACUAG